CACAACUCACAGAAAGAGUGUAUCCCAACUCAAAGCGCCACAAGUGUUCUCAAAUACAUCAUGGACACAGUCAGCAGCAGUGCAGUUAUGGAUGAUGAAACGUAUAACUACCCUACCGACUAUUAUGAUGAGGCAGAGCCUUGUUCUCUGACGUCGUACCGCGACCAUGAAGUGACCAUCCAGACCUAUGUCUACUCCGUGAUAUUUGCGCUGGGCCUGGUGGGCAACGUUCUGGUGCUCCUGACAUACGUCUUCUACAAGAAAGCCAAAACCAUGACCGACGUCUACCUGGUGAACGUGGCGCUGGCAGACCUGCUGUUCGUGGUGGCCCUCCCCCUGAUUAUCCACAACGAGCGCUCCAAUUGGAGUAUGGGCACGUGGGCCUGUAAGCUGCUGCGCGGAGCUUAUAGUAUGAACGUGUACACUAGCACGCUCCUGCUAGCCUGCAUUAGCGGCGACAGAUACAUCGCAAUUGUACAGGCCCGACGCUCCCUCCGGACACGCUCCCAGGCGAAGGUCUACAGCCGGAUCAUCUGCUUGGCGAUAUGGUUUCUGGCGUUCGUUUUAUCUCUGCCGACGCUAAUCUACCACCAGGAGAAAAAUGAAGAAUGCAUCACCAUCUUCAGUGAGAAUGAAACCGCGCGGCUGGUGAAGAUCCUGAUUCCCAGCAUGCAGAUGGUGUUUGGGUUUCUGGUGCCGCUGAUGGUGAUGGUUUACUGCUACUCGUGGACCAUGGUGACUCUUCUUAAGGCGCAGAACUUUCAGAAGCACAAGGCGGUGCGUGUUGUCCUGGCUGUGGUUUUCGUGUUUGUGCUUUGCCAUCUGCCGUAUAACGUAGCAUUGCUGGUUUACACCAGUAAACUGUUUAUGGAGAGGAAUUGCAGGGAGGAGCAGGUCACGCUGAUGACGCUUUCGGUUAGCCGGACCGCGGCGUAUCUGCACUGCUGCCUCAAUCCCAUCCUCUACGCAUUCAUCGGGGUCAAAUUCAGAGGCCACUUCUACCAGAACCUGCGGGAUCUGCGAUGCCUCGGUAAGCAGUACAUCUACUCGGGACGAUCCUCACAGCAGACAUCGGAUUUGUACAUGUCAGCAACUAAAACUGUUGUCGGACAUAACGGCAUCAUAGACAACCCUUCGUCGUUUACAUUGUGAUGUAACAACACUGGAUGUCCUUCAUUAAUAAUUGCGUACAAUUUUCAGACUUCUCAUGAAAUCUUUCGGUGUAAUUUUGUAAUUGCGAACAGCUUGAGCUUGUUCGUAAUUACAUAUGUAAAUCUGUAUCUGUUUGUGAAUUUGGAGUCUUUCAAAGCAUCAUGGUGGCUGAGUUGUUCGCAUGUUUGCCUCACAGCAAAAAGGUCGCUGGUUCGAGUUCCAGUUGGACCAUUUCUGUGUGGACUUUGUAUGUUUUCCCCUGUGUUCUUGUGCAUUUCUUUCAGGUUUCUUGGGGUUCCCCCACAGUCCAAAGACAUGCGUCAUAGGAAAAUUGGAUGUACUAAAUUGGCCUAGUGCAGGGGUGUCAAACUCAGUUCCUGGAGGGCAGCAGCCCUCAGUGGUGUAAAGUAUACUGAAAAAUCAUACUCAAGUAAAAGUACCAUUACUUGCAUAAAAAUGUAGUGCGAGUAAAAGCCUCUGUUGUAAAUAUUACUCAAAGUAUGAGUAAAAAUUAGCCCUCAAAAGUACUCAAGAGUAGUGAGUAGUGAGUAUUACACUGUAAAAAGCUGAUGUGUUUACUUGUCAUUUGUGGUUGUGUGUAAACGUAAGAUUCUGUAGUGUUUUUAUUGCUCAGCAGGCACACAACGUCAUAAGACGUUAAUAUUAGGUUAGAUUUAGGUUGUGAUGUCAGGUGACUAAAAUUCAAUGUCUGGUCAGCGUCUAAGGACAACGUUAUUUUGAUCACCAAUAAAAACGUCAAAUGAUGUUGAUAUUUGGUAGAUUUUAGGUUGUGUUGGAAAGUGACCAAAAUCCAAUGUCAAGCCAACACCUUAAAUCAUACUGAUGUCAAAAAUUGACAUUUAUUCGUCAGGUAUGGCAACCAAAAUCCAACGUCUGAUAGACGUCAUAGUGGUAACGUCCACACAACAUCAAGCUGUAACAUCAUUAGACGUUGAUAUUUGGUUGAUUUUAGGUUAGAUGUUGGACAUUGACGUCGGCCUGGCGUUGAGUUCUGACGUCAAAACGAUUUUCAUUUCCAAACAAAAUGCAACAUCCCCACGACGUUGAGGCACAACGUCAAUCUAAUAUCAGGUUGGCGUCUUGUGCCUGCUGAGUGUUUAAGGCCAUUUCGGUCAAACAGUCUCUAAGUGUAAAGAUGUUGGACAUCUUCUUGGACACUUUUAAUGCUUCCAAACAGUUUUCUGCAAUCAUAAAGCGCCCAUGUCUUGAGGUAGUUCAAUAUAAUGCAAUUUAUCAUCUAUGUGUGAUUUGAUUGGACAGGAAUCCCUGGACUCACUUUUCUAAUCCCCAUAGACAGUAAAAAACAAAUGAGUGCAACCCAGGCUCAUUCUGAAAACGUAGUCCCGAGGACGUUUCUGGAGACCGUGAAAUACGUCCUGGGAGGUACGUAUUUUUGCAGUUUUUGGUUUGCGCGAAUCCACGAGAGGCCGCUGUGUGCGCCUUUUUGGCUUCUCGGACGUCUCCCGCGAGUGCCGUUUGCGCCCGCACUGUUCUUGCGUGAACCCACCAGAGGCCGCUGUCGAACGAACGUCUGUCUGUCCGACUGGCUGAAUGAUUGACUGGGCGACCGGCCGACCCACCCUCCUCCUUACCCGAACCCAACCAAUUUUACCGAUUGACCCGCCCGCCCUAAACCAACCAACGAUUUACAAAAGCCGUCCGGAAAAAGAAAAGCCCUCGUCCGAUUUGUUUUUUUUUUUACCACGUUUUCGGAUUUUACCACUUUCUCACCCUGUCAUGAAGCUCUUCGCUUUAUUUCUUGGAUUCUGUUUUAGUCUUACCUGAUUUCUGGAACCGCUCUUCCCCGGACUCGAACCCGGUCGUCGUGGUCAGCUCCUCUCUGCGUCUCGAGUCCUUCGACGCACAGGACGAGCUAACCGGACAAACUGGUUGCGGCGGGAAAGCCCUCCACACGAAGGCAAGCGGUCAGCAGGCGGGCGCUAAAAGGAACGGCGUCAUACCGCCCCGCAGCAUUCGCUUAAAAAACAAAAUGCAGCCGUACGUACCUCCGGCUACAUAAUUUGCGGCCUCCAGAAACGUCCACUGGACUACGUUUUCGGAAUGAGCCUGGGUUGAAUGAGUGACUGCAGGUUGAAGGAAAGUAGUAGAGUAAAAGUGCCAAUACAGCACUAAAAAUGUGCUCAAGUUAAAGUAAAAGUACACAUUUUUAAAACUACGUAUUAAACUACAAUUCCUGAGAAAAACUACUCCAUUACAGUAAUUGGAGUAUUUGUAAUUUGUUACUUUACACCGCUGGCAGCCCUACAGUUUAGUUCCAAAACUACUUUAACACAGGGGUUCCCAAACUUUUCAGCCCGCGACCCACUAUAUUCUCUGAGGUGGUUAUACAGUAAAUAUAAAGACCUUGCACACAUUCCAAUAGGCCCAGAUCUGUUCAUGAUUAGACAUUGGAGAAGGCCACUCUGAGACCAUAUUCCAUGUUCAGUUGUGGCAUGUAUUCAUUUUUAAUAUGCAUGAGUGAUAUAAAGGUCUCAGAUAGUUUAACCUGGUGCCAUAAAAAUCAAUGUGCUGAGUCUUUAAUAUAACGUAAUCACCCCAGGGGUCAUAAAAAAUCUGAAGGCUGAUGGCUUUUCAUUUCCAUCUUGUUUUUUAAUAAUGUUAACAGUGUUGUUAUUAACAGCUGUUUUGUUCUUCAGUAUGUUAUGGAUAAAAUAUGGUAAUUCUAAUAGUUUAAUAACAUAAAUUAGAUUCUUGUAAAAUCGCCAAGCGACCUCUCUUCAUUGUCCUGCGACCCCCAUUUUGGGAACCACAGCUUUAACACACUUGUAUGUUUCAAACAAGCCUGAAGGACUCAAAUAGCCUAAUCAGGUGUGUUUAAUUAGAGCUGGAACUAAACUGUGCAGAGCUGCGGUCUUCCAGGAGUUUGACACCCUUGCCUUAGUGUUCGAGUGUGUGUGAUCCAGAGAAUGUGUGGGUGUUUCCCAGCACUCAGGGUUCACGAGUUAGUCUAGUCUCAGUGGUAGGCAGCAGCUGGAAGGGCAUCUGUCAGUAAAACAUAUGCCAGAGUAAUCGGUGGUUCAUUCCACUGUGGUGACCGAAAAAAAUAAGCCAAAAUAAAUCGAAUGAGUGAGUGAACGAGUGCAUGAAGCUAGUCAUUUGCAUAACACACACCCACACCAGCUCCAUAUAAGGGUUUUCCACAAAGCAGCACUCGUCCAGAGGAAGACGGUUGUGUGAUUAUUAAUGCUGACGAUCGUUUUGCAGCCAGAUGUGGAGGCCAGAAAAUAUGUGCCGUUUACAAAAGCUGCAUAAAUCAUUCAGGACUUCUCUAAAGCGACUGAACGUUCAGUAAAUGCACCUGUGCACUCUUUAAAGAUGCACUUUCUCCUUACAGCACACACACAAUGUCUUCAAGCAGAACCAAGUGUGCCAUGUCUCUACAAGGUGAUGGGUGAGAUCAGGUGAUUGUUGUUUAGACCUCGAGUUAUAUAUUUAUGUAUAUUUGGACCUCUAAUUAUACUGUGUUAUCAAAUUGUAGUGUGUUUCCUUUUCAUUCAGCCUGUAAAUAACAUAUCUAAUUAUAUGUAGGGUUCUUUAUACGUGCUUAUGAAUACAUUUGAGUAAUAAAGUUUUUAACGAAUCUCGAUUUAUUCUUGAAAA